AUGUCAGAGACGACUGCUAAGGAUUUACUCAGAAGAUUCACGAAAUGGUUUAAUAUCAGAUCAGUGGACUACAGGCGUGUAUGUGCUUAUGGCAAAGUAGGCGAAUAUAACAACAUGAAAGAAAGUUACACAUUGACACCACCACCAUCUAUCAUUACUAGCACUGGUCAGUGGUCGAUACAUGGUAGUGCAUCGCCAGCAUACACCGUUGUAACGUCUUCAAGCAGCUCGUACACUACUCCGAUCCCAUACAAGCAUAGCUCUACUGAUAACAAUGGGCGUCGCACGAAUCUGCUCACUUUCAGCGGACAGCAAUCUUUACACCAACGGUCAUCGAAUUCGAUGUCUGAAGAUGUCAAGCCUCCCUUCCUGAGAUCAAUUUCAUCACCAAAUCAGCAGGAGUUAGACAAGUGCAGAUCAAUAGGUCUUUAG